ACCACAGCAGAGAGAGAGAGAGAGAGAGAGAGAGAGAGCAUGGGCUGUUUCAUCUUCUCCCAUCCCUGUGAUGCCGUCCUCCAUUGACGACUUCCCUUUGGACUUUCUCGUCCAAAUCUUCUGCAAACUGGACCACGAUGAACUGAGGCCACUGCGCUGUGUCUCCAAAUCCUUCAACCACGCGGCUAUCGUCGCCCAACAGAUGCACUUCGACUUCUCCACGCCGGCACCCAAAAAGUCCAUGGCUUUCUCCAGGUACUGCAGCACUACCAUUUCUACCGUGAUCUCCGACCCGCUCGAGUGACUGUUUUGAAUGGCUACAAGGCACACGGAUGCUUCGCCGGGAGGCCCCUCGUGGAAACUAGAGGUUAGAAAGCCGAAGACUGCGAAGCUGUCGGAAGGAGAGUCGCGGCGGAUUGCGGUGGUGCUCUUUCCGGCCACGGACAGCGACAGAAGGCUGACCACAAGACCGGCGUGCCGGCAUUGCAGUGUGGCGCCUGGAUCACUUCAUUUAGCCAAUGCACAUGCCUGACUUUGAUCCUCGUCAAAUUCUUUUCGUUUCGCUAAGCAUGCUCGGUAGUGAAUCCCUUUAAUUGGUCAUUCUGGAUUGAACGGAGGCUCUAAAAU